GGGCUCUGAAGACUGAAGACUCACCGAAGACGAUCAGCUCACACAGAACCUGUAAGCUUUGAGCUCAGCUCUUGAAUAAACUGGAAACUACACAAAGAAGGCGAGACAUUUAGGAGCUCCAAGGUGAAAAAGGCAAGGAAACAUGCCAGGCUCAGGAGGAGCAGACUCGAAGGGAGAAGAUUUCUCCACCGCCAUCCUGAAGCAGAAACACAGACCCAACAGACUGAUUGUGGAUGAAGCCCUCAAUGAAGACAGCAGCAUUGUCAGCCUGUCACAGAAUAAAACAGAGGAGCUGCAGCUGUUCCGCGGAGACACCGUGGUGUUAAAGGGCCGAAAACGCAGGCAAACAGUGUGCAUCAUCCUGACCGACGAGACCUGUGGAGAUGAGAGGAUUCGGAUAAACCGAGUGACGCGCAACAACCUGCGUGUUCGACUCGGCGAUGUCAUCAGCAUCCAUGCCUGCCCGGAUAUCAAGUACGGAAAAAAGAUCCACAUCCUCCCCAUUGAAGACACCAUCGAGGGUCUGACAGGGAACAUCUUUGAGGUUUUCCUCAAGCCAUACUUCCWAGAGGCUUACCGGCCCAUACACAAAGGGGACAUCUUUUUGGUGAGGGGGAGCAUGAGGGCUGUGGAGUUCAAGGUUGUAGAGACGGACCCCAGUCCUCACUGUAUCGUGGCCCCAGACACUGUCAUCUACUGUGAAGGACAGCCAAUCAAAAGAGAGGAUGAAGAGGAGAGUCUGAAUGACAUUGGCUACGAUGACAUCGGAGGCUGUCGAAAGCAACUGGCACAGAUCAAAGAGAUGGUGGAGCUUCCUCUCAGACACCCAGGACUCUUCAAGGCGAUAGGAGUUAAGCCCCCCAGAGGUAUCCUGCUUUACGGCCCUGCAGGCACAGGGAAGACCCUGGUGGCCCGAGCUGUAGCCAAUGAAACGGGGGCUUUCUUCUUCCUCAUUAAUGGUCCAGAGAUCAUGAGCAAACUGGCAGGAGAGUCAGAAAGUAACCUAAGAAAGGCAUUUGAGGAAGCAGAGAACAAUGCUCCGGCUAUCAUCUUCAUUGAUGAGUUGGAUGCUAUUGCUCCCAAGAGAGAAAAGACUCACGGGGAAGUGGAGAGGCGUAUUGUGUCACAGCUUCUGACCCUGAUGGAUGGCUUGAAGCAGAGAGCUCAUGUGGUUGUCAUGGCCGCAACAAACCGACCAAACAGCAUUGAUCCCGCUCUCAGGCGAUUCGGCAGGUUUGAUCGUGAGAUUGACAUUGGAAUCCCAGAUUCAACCGGAAGAUUGGAGAUCCUGCAGAUCCACACCAAAAACAUGAAACUGGCUGAUGAUGUCGACCUGGAGAAGAUUGCUACAGAAACCCAUGGACAUGUGGGCGCCGACGUUGCUGCUCUGUGCUCAGAAGCUGCUCUGCAGGCCAUCAGAAAGAAGAUGACGCUCAUCGAUCUGGAGGAYGAAACCAUCGAUGCCGACCUGCUGAACUCACUGGCUGUCACCAUGGAYGACUUCCAGUGGGCGCUGAGCCAAAGCAACCCAUCAGCUCUGAGAGAGACGGUGGCAGAGGUGCCUCAGGUCAACUGGGAGGACAUCGGAGGACUGAACGAGGUCAAGAGAGAACUUCAAGAGCUCGUUCAGUACCCUGUGGAGUAUCCUGACAAGUUCCUGAAAUUUGGAAUGACCCCAUCUCGUGGGGUUUUGUUCUAUGRACCCCCAGGCUGUGGAAAAACGCUUUUGGCAAAGGCCAUCGCCAAUGAGUGUCAGGCAAACUUCGUCUCCAUCAAAGGCCCCGAGAUGCUCACCAUGUGGUUUGGAGAAUCUGAGGCCAAUGUCAGAGACGUGUUUGAUAAGGCAAGACAGGCAGCCCCCUGCAUCUUGUUCUUCGAUGAAUUAGACUCCAUUGCUAAAUCCAGAGGCGGAGGAGCAGGAGAUGCAGGUGGUGCAGCUGACAGAGUCAUCAAUCAGAUUCUAACAGAGAUGGAUGGCAUGUCCGACAAAAAGAACGUUUUCAUCAUUGGUGCAACAAACAGACCAGACAUCAUAGACCCAGCCAUCCUGCGACCGGGUCGACUGGACCAGCUCAUUUACAUCCCGCUUCCGGACAAACCGUCUCGCACAGCAAUUCUGAAAGCCAACCUACGUAAAUCACCUGUUGCAAAAGAUGUGGAUUUGGAAUUCCUGUCUGGGAUCACAGAAGGGUUCUCCGGAGCAGACCUGACGGAGAUCUGCCAGCGGGCCUGUAAACUGGCCAUCAGGGAGGCCAUUGAGGCUGAGAUCAAGGCAGAGCGCCAGAGACAGACAAGACCAGGCAUCCCUAUGGAUGAGGACUUUGAUCCAGUCCCUGAGAUCAGGAAGGACCACUUUGAGGAAGCAAUGCGGUUUGCUCGUCGUUCCGUCAGUGACAACGAUAUUCGCAAGUAUGAGAUGUUUGCUCAGACUCUGCAGCAGAGCCGAGGAUUUGGAAAUUUUAGGUUCCCCUCUGCUACUGGUACCCGCUCUGAAAGUCAUGGGUCAGGUUCUGGUUCUGGAACAGAGAGGCCCAGUCUGUACAGAGAGGAAGKGGACGAUGAUCUCUACUAGUAAUCUAUGGCCUCACAGUCUUUAAAGGAAUAUAUCACCCACCACCUUUCAUGCUGAAGUUUUUAACUCAAAACAUCAUCUAGUAAAAAGCAGCAGAGUUAUGGUCAUUUUGGUCAAACUGUGUAAAAAACAUUUUGUAUAAUCUAAUAUAAGAACCUUUAGAUUACUGAUGUCUUCUAACGGCAUUCAGCUACAAGGACACUGAAUUUUAGCUCAUACCUUUUCAACUGACUAUGUCAUUAACAUUUUUGCGUUUACUAAUGCCAUUUAGUUGUGGUGGCCAUUUUUAUUAGUUACAUGUUUAGUUUCAUUAAAAUCCAACCAGUUCAUGAGAUAUUUUGUUAACAGACAUGAUUGACGUCAACAAUUAUUGCCAAAGUUUUAAGCAAACAUGCUGUCUGUGUAGUACUCAGCGUAUGUGUUGUGAAUGAUUCUCACUUACWACCAUACCACAUUCAAGAUUGAUGGUUGUAAAACUGACUAAAUUAUAGCCAUUUUAAUGUUUCAUAAAGUCAUUUUUGUGUGGGAGUCAUCUUGAAUUGGGUUAACUUUGAAAGAUAAUAAAGGCACAUCUACAUUCUACAUUUCAUUGUGAUGCAAAUUAUAAUGACAAUAAAGUCUAUUCUAUUCUAUUCUAUUCUAUUCUAUUCUAUUCUAUUCUAUUCUAUUCUAUUCUAUUCUAUUCUACUUGUUUCCUGAAAGGUUCACUAAAAUCCAUCUUGUGCUUCAUGAAAUAUUUUGCUAAUAUACAUAAAGUUGACAAAGUUUUUAAAACAAACCUUGCUCAAUCAGUUAUCACUUGGAAUAUAAAUUGGGGAUGAAGCUCAGCUACUACCACACCAAAAUCUAGAUGUGUACAACUGAUAGAAUUUUAGCCAGUUUUUGGAUUUUAAAAUGUUGCUUUUAAAGGUGGCUCGCCAUCUACAAUGGGAUUGAUUCCAUUCCAAAAGGUAACCUGCCGUAUAYACACAUCCACUGAUUACCUUUAUUAAUUUUUGAGUUUCAAUAAAAUUUACCCAGGGUUUUAUCAGCGAUUAAUCUAACACAACAGACAAACACAAAUAAACAUGGACAAAAGCAUCUGUUUGUCUCCUCACUUUUGGCGUCAAUCUGAAACCAGGUCGAAUGAAAACUCUGUUAGAUGGUGAAAGUGUUUGAUAAAAAUGAAUGUGAAUUAAAAAGAAAGCUGUAAUUUUCCCUUUGCUUCCUGAAAGCCCUGCUGACCUCUGAUUAGAGGACAGUUUAUUAUCAGUAAGGAAAUGUUUUUGCAUCACAUUUCUUAUUUAUGCUGCAGAAUGUCUUGAAGUACAACUUUGAAAUGAAAUGUUAUAGAAGUGUUGAUGAGUUGAUUUAAUUUAGCUGCUAGUUUUGGUAUCUGUGAAUUACUUCACUGUUGUAACUUAUCAGGACACUUUAUGAAACUUGUAUGUAACAAAAAUACAUUUCUGCUUUAUUAUAAACAGUGUCAUUCAAAGUUUCGAUACUUCUACGCAAAACCUCUUACACAAAAUACAAAUUAAACUAGAAAAGGAAUUUGAAAACUCAUUUUCCAUUUUCCCAUUUUUUAAAUAAUGUGUUGUAUUUACUGCCAACCAGUGUGCAACAUGUUAAAAUGUUUAUCGUUGAAUAUUAUUGUUUUACUUAUUAAAGUUUUGUUCAUUUAUAAUUUCUCAAGAUGUCUGGUAGCAGCGAUAUGACUUAUUUCACUGCCAAAGACCAUUUAGCUUCAGCUUUGUUCAGAUGUUUGAAAAUUAGCUUUUUUUGUUGUUGAUUUUAGAUUAUUGUCAUUUAGAUGUUUGUUGAUA